AUGUCGAAAAAAUUCUACGAUCGGGUUCUCAAGGGCAGCGGCGUCCAGUCCCGCCCCUUCCACUCGUCCUUCGGCGCCGCCAUUCUGAAAAAGUUCGGCUGGGAGGAGGGCCAGGGCCUCGGACGAGAAAACAGCGGCCGCACUGACUGUUUACAGAUCCGCCGCCGCGAAGAGAAUGUCGGACUGGGUCACUCCGACUCGAGUGACGCGAAGGGCGAAGAGCAGUGGAGGAACUGGUGGGAUGGCCUCUACAACUCCAUGGCUGCGAAGCUGAAGGACAAUCACGCGGUAAGGGCGGGAAACGACCCCGGAUCUUCGGAUUCAGACUCGAGCGACGACGAGCGCGACGCCCCCCCGAGCCUCGGCAAGUUCCGCGGACCUUCUCUCAUGCGCGUUUCGCAGAAGCUGGCACGCCAUAAGGAAGCGGCAGGCGACGGAGACGGCUCGGAGUCGUCCUCGUCUUCUGAAGACGGUUCCACGGCUGCGUCCGCUAGUCUCUCGAGUGCGUCGUCUCUGUCCUCUUCGCGGGAUCGCGAGGCGAAAGAAGCGGAGGACGAGGCGGCCGACCGACGAAAAGCAGAGAAGAAACGAAAGCGAAAGGCGAGGGAACACGACGAGGACGCAGGCGCAAACACGCCUUGCGCGGCGGAGGAGGCACGGAGCGAAAAGAAAUCGAAAAAGAGGAGAGCGCAAGGGCUUCUGGAAGGCGAGACCCCGCGCUCGGCGGACUCUGGCGAGUGCGAUGAAGCGGCUCGCGGCGACUUCGCGAGUGAAAAAAAGAAGAAAAAAGCGCCGAAAGAGAAGGAGAGAGAUGCGGGCAACGUGGCUGAGGCGGCGGACGCCGAGGUCGGAUGCGGCGACGUCGAAAAGAAGAAGAACGGGAGAAAGAAAACCAGAGAAAGCGACAGCUGA